GAAACUUAUUAAACAAUGACCCCAUCAUUUUCCCUUUUCAAUAUAACUAAUAUAACAUUAACCUUGUCCCUGACAACCAUGUCACUCGUGUCUGUUUGCUGUUAGCCAGCUAUAGUUUGUCAGUGCAGUCAGUAAUGUAGCAGAUUGAAAGGUAAACAUCAGAGCAUCUUUUUGCAGCUCAGCAGACAAUGGUGCGGUGGUGGAUUGUCUGAUGAGCAGUGAUUUCAUGCCAUGUUGUUACUUAGUUGGUGAGACACAAUGCUGGAAAGUAAAAUAAACAACGUCUGUCUUUGACAACGAGCUUAUAGCUAACUAGCUAAUCACGUGGCUACUUUCAGUAACUACGUUUCCAUCCAUUUUUUGCGAAAAACGUUUUAGCGCAUCAAAAUAAAGCUAAUGGAAACACAAAUUAUCGCUAAAAUUUCACAAGUGUCGACAUAAUAUUUUUUCGUAUAACUCUAGCACAUAAACUUACCCCAAUCAUUAGCCUGUGUUAAUCAUGACGACAAGAUAUAGGAUCCUUGAAAGCCAAUUAUGGAUUGAUCUUAACAGCAUAAAGAUCCGAUCACUGCAAACACAUCUGCAUCAUGACACUUCCAGGAGUACCAACACAAAUAUCUCGUAUCAAGACAUGCACAUUGACAAGUGCACGGAGAUCAAAUUAAAGGCCACUGUUUGCGAAUAAUUUAAUCGCUGUAGACAUCCGUUUAUUUAUUAAAGUUGCUUUUUCACACCAAUCAAAAUAAUAGAUGGCAGUCACGGAAUUAGCCCACAAUACAAAAAACAUAUAAUUUCUGCGCACAAAGAGGUUUUAAAUAAAAAAUAAAUACACAAAACUAGGAGUAAACCUUCAGUGUGCUUUUUUGGAACACUAACAUAUAGCCCAAUUAUAUCAAAUUAUUGUUUAGCUUACUUUUGAAAAAAUACUGGCAAAAUUCCCUGAAUUAAAUUAAAUAAAUUACCAAACGAAAAACGAAUAAUAAAAAAAAUAAAAAAAUUACCAAACGAAAAAAAUUAUAUUUUUAGAUCUAUAUAUGCCUUUUCUUUAAACAAAUGUAAAUUAGCCUUACCCUGUUCUGUAGAUGAAUAAAGUCGGCUGAAUGACAUUUUCUACACUUCAAGACUAUAAACUAUCAGAACUAUUUUUCCAGUGCGGAGUUCACUUUCAGAAAACGAGCUUUUGAACCUUUUAAAUAUUUAUAAUCUAACCCUCCUUACCUCAGAUUUCAUUUGCUGAGCUUCUUCAGAAAAUGUAAAUUGCAUUAUGACAUUAAAUUAAUUUUAGAUGACACUGAAGUUCAGUUGGUCGUUAAAAGUUGCUGGACAAAUAUGCGGGACAUAAUGCAGUUGUGAUGGCAAUGCUUUAGAUUAGAUGAUUGUUCAAAAUAGCCUAUUGAAUAUCAGGAAUGUAUCAUAUGUAAACCCUGAUAUUACACUGCAUCAGUUUUUCUUUAAUAGCUGUGCACACAGCAUAUACACAUCAAUGGAUGGUCCUUAUACUAAGACUGAAAAUUUCCCAACUACUUGGUGCAGGUUGCCAGCUUGAACAGGGCCAUGACAAUUCGCUUUCGGGUCAGAACCGGUGGCAACCUGCGAUAGGCGCAACAUCAGGACCGAUAUUACAGUCCUAUCAGAAGGCUCCAGUUUCUCAAUCUGAGCCCAAGCAAUCAACAGCUGGGAAGAAGCAGAACAAAAAGAAAGUAGAAGAGGUGGUGGAGGAAGAAGAAGAAGAGUAUGUUGUGGAGAAGGUCCUGGAUCGGCGUGUGGUGAAGGGAAGAGUUGAAUACCUCCUCAAGUGGAAAGGCUUUUCUGAUGAGGACAACACCUGGGAACCAGAAGACAACCUGGACUGUCCUGAUCUCAUAGCAGAAUUCCUUCAGUCGCAGAAAACUGCUGAAUCUGGAGGCAAGAGGCGGGCCGAGACAGAUGGUGAUGGAAAGGAGUCUAAAAAGCGCAAAGACGAGCCUGAGAAACUCAGAGGUUUUGCACGUGGUUUGGAUCCUGAGAGGAUUAUUGGUGCUACAGACUCAAGUGGAGAACUCAUGUUCCUCAUGAAAUGGAAAAACUCUGAUGAAGCCGAUCUUGUACCAGCCAAGGAGGCGAAUGUAAAGUGUCCACAAGUUGUCAUUUCUUUUUACGAGGAACGCCUCACAUGGCAUUCAUACCCUACUGAAGAGGAAGAAAAGAAGGAUGACAAAAACUAGACAAAAAAGAUGUAAGGGACAGUUAUUUUCAAUUGUGGUCAUUGAAAUGCGUAUUCAAUUGUUUUCUCCUAAAAAGAUGGCAAAAGAAAGAUUUCUAAAAAAAAAACAAAAAAAAAAAAAAAAACAAUAUUAUAAACUGUAAUCUACAUAGGUUUCAGCAUAUUUUUAGUUUUGUCACCAUUGCCAUAGAGAAGGCAUAUACAACAUUGCUGUUUCAGUGUGAGUGACAGGUGACAUGACUGUGCACCUUUAAUGUAUUCUUCAUGCUUUUUAAUAACAUUUUAUUGACAUUCAUAAAACCCAUUAAGAGAGAUUCACAGACUGUAAAUCAUACACGUGAAAUAGUGGAGUCCUUUAAAAGUUGUUUCAUGUUGAAAAUGUUGAAGCUGUCCCCUAUCCCUGUGUAGAUUACAGUGUUUAGUCUAUCAUACUGGAUCAGAUUCAUUUGAUGCUGUAGCAGUCUCAAAAACUUCCUGAUAUGAUAAUCCUUAAAGGAAAAGUUAACCCAAAAAUGGAAAUUCUCUCAUUUACUCACCCUCAUGCCAUCCCAGAUGUGUAUGACUUUCUUUCUUCUGCAGAACACAAAUAAAGAUUUUUAGAAGAAUAUCUCAGCUCUGUAGGUCCAUACAAUGCAAGCCAAUGGUGACCAGAACUUUGCAUAAAAGUAUUCCAUAUGACUCCAGUGGUUUAAUGAAGCGAUCUAAUCGGUUUUGGGUAAGAACAGACCAAAAUGUAAUUCCUUUUCACUGCACAUCUUGCCAUUGAUGGAUUACAUUUAUGAUGGCUUUACAUAAAAAAUGUUUUGAGCUUCAAAGUUUUGGUUACCAUUCACUUGCAGUGUAUGGACCUACAGAGCUGAGAUAUUCUUUAUAAUGUGGCAUGGGGGUGAAUAAAUGAUGAGAGGAUUUUCACUUUUGGGUGAACUAUUCCUUUAAUUUUAUGUACAUAUUACUAAUGUUAAAGUAUUACUGCCUUAACAAAUUAUAAAGAAAAUUACAAUUUUAUACAUCUGUCAAUACAGGUGGUCACUGAAUCCAUAACUGAAUCUAGAAAGGCCUGUGGAAAAGGAGGUACAGAUUAGGGCACAAAUAUUGGCCUUAUUUAGUAUUCAGACCUGGCUUCCAUAUGAUUGGUUUUAUAAAGACAUGCCAGCAGCUGUUACUAUUCCAUUAAUUUGCCCAUGAACUAUAACAUGUCUGGUAUUACCAUAGGUGCUGUUUGUGAGUCAGCCCCAUUGAAUAUUAAGAUACAAGUAUUUCUUGUCUUGACAUUGUGUUUGUAAAUAUGAUUUUGUAAAAAAAAAAAAAAUUAUACAGUUUUUUAGCACAUCAGCAUCACUAUGUACAGUCACUUGGAGUUUAGUUGUUACUUUGAUUCUCGUCUUAUUACUGUCACACAGCAAAGUAGAAUUGUAACAUUCCUUUAGAAAUUUAAGUACAUUUUAUGUUAACAGUUGUAUGCUAGUUUUGUUUAAUCAUGCUAUUAUUGCAUAUUAUCCAAGUGCAUCUGCCAUUUAAUUACCAUUUUCAAAAAUAAAAAGCUUUGUUGUAAUUGUCAAAACUGGAAGUAAAAAAAUGCAUAUUGCUUUUAUUAUCGUCUAGAUCAGUGGUUCUCAACUGGCAGGACAUAACCUAAUAAUGGGUCAAAGUUCUGCUCUGAUAAGAUAAAACAAUGCUAAAUAAAUAUGAUAAUGAUAAUAAAAAAAUCCUUGCAAGGUCAAAGAAAAUAUUACCCAGACUACCUUAAAUAUGGGUUCACUUGUUAGUCUGCUUAAUUACAGUUCUGUUGUUUAUGCAUUUACAAUAUUUUCAAUUUUACUGUUCAGUCUACUGUAUAUCAUGUUGAUAAUUUUGCUUAUUGCUGGGCAUAUGCAGUUCAUCAUAAUAAUAAAUGUCAAUGUUUGAUUUUUAGGACUUUUUUUUAUUAUUAUUUAUUAAUAUUAGAUACUAUGUUGUGUCACCACUUAAUUUCAAAAGUAAAAUCUGGGUCCUGAAGCAAAACCAGCUGAGAACCACCAUACUCCCAAAGGAUGUAUUAAAUUUUUAUUUUAGAACCAAGCACUAGUACAGGGGUUUCAGACGGGGCUGCAGAAAGUUUUAUUUAAAACAAUAAAUAAAAAAUAUUAAAAAUGUGACAAACAAAACUAAGACACUGGGUGCUGUUGAAAACUCAACACAAUCACACUAAACUAAGAAAUUUGUGGCAAAUUCGUGUGACUUGAAACUAUGAAAACAUAUGUCUUAUACAUCAACCAAUCACAUACGCUUCACAAACACCAGGAGUGUCAAUUUCUUCUAUAUUACACAUAAAGCCUUAUUAAACAUUAAUAUCAUGGUUAUGUUUACACUCUUGGUGGGGUAAGGUGUUACACUUUAUGGUUAGGUUUAGGGAUGGGGUUUGGGUUAGGGGUUAAAGUUACCAAAACAUGACACAUGGGGAACUACAAGAACACAACCCUAAUAGCACAUGUACAACACCCAGAUGUUUAUUUCAUGUGUGUGUUUACAUCUAGAAGACAUUUUUUUUUUUUACGUUGUUUGCUCAACUGCAAUAUGUCUUCAUUGACAUAUUGCUUAUGUCAAUAAGUAUGGCUCGGAUGUCAAUAAGACAUUCAGCAGAUGUCUUUGAGACAUUUAUGAUUUAGAAUGUUUGUAAAUCUGAUCAUUUUAUGAUGUUUAGCAGAUGUUAAUUAGAUUGUGAUGCUUUCCAGAAAAAAAUAUCUAAAACAGACUUCUUGGAGAUGUACGUGUGCUAUUUGGGAAGCGUCUCUCAUUGGUGGGUGUACAAUUUCAUAUGAAUUAACGAGGACGAAUUGGUAUGAAUUCGCCACUUCAUAUUAUUGUGAUGAAUUCUCUUGAGAUCAGGUUGAAUUUUUGUUGCCGUUGUUGUUUUUACCUUAGUCUAAAUUAAUUUGAAACUUAUAGAGCAGUGAGGCGGGGAUUAACUACUAAAGUGGAAAACCUAUGGGGAAGUCUUCAACACAGGGUUGGCCCCCGUGGUCUCAUAAAAGAGGUUAUGCGAGUGACUGGAGUGUGCUGUAGUGUAACAUUCAGGGCUGUGAGUAUAUACUUAACCAGUUUACCUCCCAAAAUGAGUUUGCAUGGUAGAGGUGAUAAUAUAUGUGUGCAGAAACAGCUGUCUGAAAACUAGCAAUUACUGUAAGUAUCAGUAUUUGAAGAAAAGUCAACCUCAUUUUGUUACAAGAUUACAUUUGCAAAGAGUCUUUAGGUCCUUUCCCAGUGCAGGAACCAAAGCCUGUUUUAGGUACUUUUUCUCUUAACUACUUUUUGUAAUUUUCGCACAUGAGGAACUAUAGUUCCUCUUUACCAUUUCAAGGGACUUUUUGAUCUGCCACACUGGAGUAGGUACUUUUUGAGAGAAGAGGGACUGUGGGAGGUGCUUCAACCUGUGAUCAAACACGUAUGAUGGAAAAAGCAAUGAGAAACACGAAGAGUCGACAGCCGCCAUGAGUAAACAAACUUGUAGCUGCCAGCCAGCUACUGAGUUGAGCUAAUUUUCCAAUUUCCUUAUCAGAAAUAACAUAAAAACAGCAAAGUUUCCAAAGAAAAUUGCCUGUUUCACAUAUUAUAUGUCUGUGAGGAGUUAGCAGAGCUGCUAGGUGACUUCAACAGGAGACGCGGUUUGAGUUUUCAUUGUGUACUGUGCAACUAUGAUUAUACAGAAAAUAUUUAUUUAUUAAUAAGUUAUUACAUUUAAUUUUUAAGAAGUUUAACAUGUGCUGCAUUGUUAAAAUAGGCUGAGUGCCUCAUCUUUCCUCUCACUGCGGCAUCAGGGUACCAAGUACGGACUAAUGGACCCUUAUCAUCCAGAACCUUCUCAGGAGUGUUAACUAUACCACUGUGUGCUGCAGCCACUUGACAAAACCUUUCAGUGUAUUCCCUUACAAUUUCAUCUUUCUUCUGUACACACUACUGACUCUUGACCAGUCUACCUUGGGCCAAAUAAUGAUCUGUAACUCUCAGAACUCCCUCUCACAAGUCAUAUUUACUUGCUUACUGAAACUCAAAGCAUCAAUAGCAGUUUCAAAAUAUCAUAUAAAAAAUAUAAACUCUGACCCGUGU